AUGCAGCGCGCCCCGGAGACUAAGACGCCGUGGAUGAGGCCUGCCCUCGUUGCAGCACAUUGGCCAGUCGCAGAAAUGACAGCAACCCGCAACCAGCAGCAGCGGCAGCAGCUGAUGAUAAUGGGGGCUACAGACCCGGAAUUCAAAGUAGGCACCGGCACUGUUUACGGCGGCAGCGACAAAGCAAAUAACAACAAAAACGACAACGACCGAGACCUCUCCAUAAUCGAAGAAUUGCUGUUCACCAAGCUACAAGCGCAAGGCUUCACAACGGGGUUUCGAGGCCCAGACAAGACGGGCGGAGUUAAGGAGGUAGCUGCGGAUGAGAGGGGUGGCUCUGUCGACCAGAGCAGGUCAGUGCAAAGCGAUAACUCAAGCGGGAGUCUAGACGAUCCAAUUGUCCCACUGGGCGACGGCGACUUGAGUGCCUCCAAGCCGAAGCCAAUGGCCCCAGAGACAGUCAUCGACUCGACAACUCCGGCCCCUACUUCCAGUUCCGAUGGGUGGCACGAUAUUAAUGACUACCCCGAGACGACUCCGCGUAUGCGGCUUGCGGAACAAGGAGCUUCGACGCUAGACUCCGUACAUCCUCAUACCCCUUCUUCGCGCCUCUCGGGCGAGCCAUUGCACGACAGCAUCAAGUGUCGUCUUCGUACCGGUCGAGGCGUAGCAGACGAACACGGGCUGGCUAAUCCUGCACUGGACACGUUCCCCAUUGAUGAGGGUGAGAGGGAGCAGGAAGAGCUGGAGCAGGAGAAGGACGAAGGCCAUGGUGAGGAUGAAGACGAGGGACCGCAGCAAGAGGUGAAUAUUGUAGCACCGGCAGAAACGGCCGAAAGGGUUGGUGGAAGUCCAAGGCCGGCCAACCGAAGGCAAUCGCUUCCCAACCUCGAACAAUCCCCAGAGCCGAAUCAUAACGAGGCAGGAAGCCGAAGCGAUCAUGACAGCGACGACGAGCUCAACAGCACCGACUCUGCCGAGGACGAUGAAAAGAAACCACGCCCUGCCAAAUAUCUCACGAUAGCCCAACACGCAAGAAGCGCAGGCGCCUUCUUCAGCAGAGCUCUUCCCGCCAGCAGUUCAAGAGUCGCUGCGAGCUCGAGUGCCAAGGGUCGAUUGCCUUCACCGGCGCCUUCUAUGUCACAAAGCAUAGAUAAAACGAUGCCGCUUGACGACUCUAGCCUUGGCCGAUCAUGCAGAGCUACCCCACCGACGCUGACCGAGAUCACGUUCCGUCCGCACUCCGCACACUGCUACUCCUUCACGGCGGUCGUCCGGGACGGUUGUGACGGGCAAGGAGUCUCUCCCGCCCAGGUUGUCCGACUUAUCGCGAGCACCGGCCACGUGGGGAAGAUCGACGACUUCACCAUCAAGCCGAUGGAGCAACAUUCGUACCUCUUGAGUGGCUUCAGCUGGCAUGCCUCAUCCCGGCUCUCGUCCAGUGGCACGGCUCUAUCGACUACCGCGGAGGCAGGCCGUGACCACGUCGAUGCGACGCGUACCGGACCCCAACAUGGCAGAGCCGUUGAUGCUAGAGCUCUUGCAUCGCGAAGGUGCGAGCCGCCAAGCAACAAUGACGAUGGUGGUUUGAGCGACAGCGAUCCCGAUGUCAGCAGCGACGAUGACGGGUGUUCGAGCGAGGCCGAGAAGCAGGGCGGUUUGAGCGUGAGGAUGAAUAUCCCAUGGGACCCUGUAGACGACCAGCGCUUGGUGUCAUGGAAGAAGGAGGGCAAGCCUUGGGACUAGAUCUUCAAAAUGUUUCCAGGCAGGACUCAUCCCGCAAUACGCAUGCGCCGGAGCAUGGUCCGUCCCAGAAGCGAGUAAGCUUCCUCCCACAGGCGGACAGAGAGCAGCUCAAGCUCUGUGUGCCUACUUGCCCCUGGGCAUCUGCUGGGACGAAUAUCUAAUGAGGACUUUGUCCUUCUGUCGGCCAGUCCCAACGCGGGAGCAAGUACCGUCGAGGGAAGCGACGUUCAAAGCGAGGAGGAUUGGGGGGUUCAGAUGCACAUCAAGGGGUAUUAUACAAUAAGCCACCGUUCAUUGGGCAUCCCUGAUAUCGUUAUAUCGUACAGUUUUCCCCAGACCCUUCGCAGCCAAAACUAAAAAUACCUCACGUC